UAGGAAUCGUUCUGAGAACCCUUUUGUCUCCGACAGUCGCAACAGUAGCUGCCGCCUGCCGAGGUUCGUGGUAGGCAGCAAUUGCACCACCUUGCUACCGGCUCGAAGAUGACAGCCUGUGGAAGAAAACAAUUGUUUUACACGUUUGUUGUACUAUCGAUGCUGGCCAAAUUGUGUCAUGCCUCAAAGAUAUUGGUGGUGGUUCCAACGGCGUCCAUCAGCCACCAGAAGCCUUUCCAUAUCUUAACAAAAGCUCUGCUUCAGAGAGGACAUGAAGUCACUCUCUUCACCACAAAUCCACUCAAGAUUUCUCACGAGAACCUUACGGAAGUCGACGCGUCUGUGGGAUACAAAACACAUGGCGAGUUCGACUUCGUUUCAAUGGCGUCACAAUCACCUCUGGAGAAUAUUCCAUUCGUUCGACAUUACGCAAAAACAAUAGUUCCAGCGCAGCUCAGCGAUCCUGCAGUACAGGACUUCAUCAGGAGGAACCACACCUUCGACGUGGUCAUCAUGGAAUGGAUAACUUACCAAGGCUACUACGGACUGGUACACAGAGUCGGUUCCCCACCUCUCAUAGGCAUGAUCACACUGUCGGCGUUUUCGCCUGUGUACUACUCAAUGGGAAAUCCCAUGAACCCUGCAUACAUACCCGAUGUAUGGGUGGGAUUCUCGGACCACAUGACCUUCUGGGAACGCGCGUACAACGCGCUCUUCUACCUCAGAUGCUAUUUCCUGUGGUACUGGGAAAACUUUCCAGAGCAGGAGGUCUUCAUGAGACAAUACUUCGGUCCCGAACCACCUCCGGUGUACGAGACGGAACGCAACUUCAGCCUCCUCAUUAUCAACAACCACUUCACUAUGGAGUACCCUCGUCCGCACUUGCCCAACGUCAUAGAGAUCACCGGUGUUCACGUAGAGACGCAGACCAAGCCACUGCCAAAGCGCAUCCGGGAGUUUAUGGACGGGGCAGAACACGGAGUGAUCUACUUCAGUCUCGGCUCCAAUGUCAAAAGCAGCGCUUUGCCGUGGGAGAAGGCCAAGGCCUUCCUGGAUGUCUUUCGUCAGCUGCCACAGCGAGUCCUCUGGCAGUGGGAGAAUGAAUCACUGCCUGGACAGCCAGAUAACGUGAUGGUCAGCAAGUGGCUGCCGCAGCAGGAUGUUCUCGCUCACCCUAAGGUGGUCCUGUUCGUCAUGCAGGGAGGGCUCCAGAGUAUGAACGAGGCCACUUAUCACGGUGUCCCGUUCCUCGUGAUCCCAUUCUUCUCCGACCAGGCGCACAAUGCCGCCAAGAUACAGCAGGCGGAGCUUGGCCUCAGGUUGGAGUUCCAUGACGUCACAAAGGAUACUGUGUUACGCAGUAUACGUGCCGUUUUGCAGGAUUCAAAGUACAGAGAGAACAUGAAGACUUUGUCAUCGAUAUUUCGCGAGCACCAAGCGGACUCUGUGGAGCGCGCCGUGUGGUGGGUGGAGUACGUGAUACGUCACAAGGGGGCCCCGCACAUGCGCAGUGCAGCCCUCGAUCUGCACUGGUGGCAGCAGCUGCUGCUCGACGUCAUAGCCUUCAUACUGCUCGUAGUGAUUGUGACUGGUGGCGCCAUCUUGUAUCUGGUUCGCCGAUUAUUUGUCACGCUGAGAAGCAGUAAGCUGAAGCAGAAGAAACAUUAAUGUGUACUCACAUGCAGCGAGAAGUACACUUAAAGGUGACCUUGUUGUCCACAUACACUAGUACUGAGAAUCAAGGACGUGUACAUAUAUCAUUGGGUGGGACGUAUUCCCUAAAAUCGUUUACAUGAUUAUGGCUCUCGUUCUGACUAAGCACUUGUGGCACAAAAAAAUGGUUCAAAUGGCUCUGAGCACUAUGGGACUCAACUGCUGUGGUCAUUAGUCCCCUAGAACUUAGAACUACUUAAACCUAACCAACCUAACGACAUCACACACAUCCAUGCCCGAGGCAGGAUUCGAACCUGCGACCGUAGCAGUCGCACAGUUCUAGACUGCGCACCUAGAACCGCGAGACCACCGCGGCCGGCUCUUGUGGCACAGUCCACUACACCUGUUAUCUACCACAUAUGUCAGUACACAAGCAAGCUGUUGAACUGGAGAUAUGGGUGUCAGUACUGACAAACACUACUGGGCGUAAAACACAAAAAUCAACAAAAAUAUAACAAGUUUCGAGCUGAAGUUGACAUAGCAGGCUAGUAGUAAGAACUAAUAUCCCUUUAUUUGGACACAUGUGAAAACAUAUGUACAUCUGUCUAACAAUUUGAUUUGUUUUAUUGCAUGGAGAAACAAAUUCUGUAAGAAUUUAACUUUUAUUAAGUUUAAUAAUACUUUCCUUUGUUAAUGUACUUUUGUUAUUCACUAAAUCUAGCAAAGUUUUGUCAUAUUUUUUGCUGCAUUUUAAUGACAUGAGGUAAGAGAUCAAAUGAUACAUCAUUAUGGCAGUUUUCUAAUAUAGAAUUCUUAGUUGGUAACUAGAAUACAAAAAAACCAUGCUGCGACAUCAACUCAGAUUCAUCAUCUCGUUCAUAUGAUUUGUAAUAUUACUAUUAUUUACGAUUACAAGGCAGCUUAUUGGAAACUUACAGUCAGAUAUUUAUUAAUUGUUGUUGGGGUCACACCCAUCCACAAACUGUGGAAUAUCUGGUAAAAGACAUGAUUUCUGCAGCUAAAAAGAGUGUUAGCAACUGAAGUAGUUAGCUGUGUGAGGAUUUCCUUCUUCAGUGUAUUUAUAGUGAGAUGUGCUGGCGAAUACACACAACAUAAAGAGAUAUCUUCAUUUCACUCUAUUCUGUCGUUCCUAUAUUACUUUAAAGAAAGCAGAACACUUUAAAAACUACUGUAAAACAUCCUGAAUAAGUGCUUAUAAGUCAAAACAUGACUAAAGUUUCAGAGAUACAAACAUGUAACAACUUUUUGUACAAAAUAUACCAGUAAUGUUAAUGGGUGUACAACUCAAAAAUCAACAAAAAGAUUAAAAGUUUUGAACUGAAGUGAACAUAGCAAGGUCGCUGGAAGAACUAAGAUCCCUUUCUUUGGACAAAGAAGAAGUAAAGGAAAUUGGCUGAAAUCCACAUAGUUAGAGGAAUGCAUAAUUGCUGAAGCAAAUGGCACUUCUCUAUAACAAUUGAUUAGCUGUUUCACAGCAAACUGCACAGUUACAUUCAUGAUAGCCGAUUUUAUUUUAUUUUAGACCAUGAAAACGUCUUAUUGAAUAUAAUUCGAAUGUGUGAUUGGUGCAAUCCAUCAAGCUAAAUUCACUGGUUGUGCCUCACAGUAUAACAUUUAAACGGAGAUACUUGACCUUCAAGCUAAUUUUCUCUGUUUGAUCUAUUAUCUGUGAGAAGUAAUUAUUGUUUUAAGUCUCAAUAACGUUUCCUGCAUGAGAUUUUCACUCUGCAGCCGAGUGUGAGCUGAUAUGAGACUUCCUGGCAGAUUAAAACUGUGUGCCGGACCGAGAGUCGAAAUCGGGUCCUUUGGCUCUCAUGGGCAAGUUUCAUAUUAGCGUACACUCCGCUGCAGAGUGAAAAUCUCAUUUUGGAAACAUCCCCUGGACUCUGGCUAAGCCAUGUCUCAGCAGUAUCCUUUCUUCCAGGGGUGCUAGUUCUGAUGGUAAAGCACUUGCCCACAAAAGGCAAAGGUCCCGAGUUCGAGUCUCGGUCCAUCACACAGUUUUAAUCUGCCAGGAAGUUUAAGUCUCAACGACAUUGUAUGAACAGAUACUUCAGGACUGAUUGACUUUGCAUAAGUUAUAAAUUUUAUUUGCCCACAUGUAACAGUUCUUCUCCACAGCCGAGAAGUAUUACGAAAAAUUGCAUAUGAAUUACUUGUACUGUAAAACAAUGAUGUUCAUUCAACCACCUCUAAUGGUUCUUCUCCACAGGGAAGACGUAUUGCAAGAAAUUAUGUGUAAGUUACUUGCAUUGUAGAGCAAUAAAAAUACUGUUCUUGCCCCAAUGAGAUCCAACAGAAAAAAUAAACAUAAAAUAUGAAGUUUCACUAUUAUUUAAUAGUUAUUUCGCUAUGAAAAG